AUGAUAACUAAUAUGUCUCUUUCAUUGGAGAAAACAUGCUCGAAACCGGAUAUACACGGUCCCGAUGCACCUUUUUACCAUUGGUUAGCACUGGGCUACGUAUUUUUAUUUAUUCUUGCGUUAACCGCAAAUUUAUACGUUCUUUUCAAAUUAUUUCACUACACUCGACGUCGUUUUCGUGAUCAUAUACUCUUAUUGAAUUUGUGUGCGGCUGAUUUAUUUGUUACCAUUGUUUAUAUUCCAAGCGAAAUCUAUGCUUAUACUGUUGGUCGUUGGCAUAAUGAUGAAAUAUGUAAAACAAUUGCUGCAUUGAAAGGACUUGGUAUUUAUGUAUCAUCAUGUACAAUAAUUGGUAUAUCACUUGAUCGUUAUCUAUCUAUUGUACAUCCAUUGACUGUUUAUCAAUCUAAUACAAGAAAUAAAUUAUUUGUUGUUGGCUCGUGGCUGAUAUCGGCAGUAGCAUGCAUACCACAGUUAAUUAUAUUUAAACGAUUAACAAAUGAAGAAUUAUGUCGUGAAAUAUGUGGUGAUAUACUUUCAUCCGAUCCAGUAAAACGUUUGGCUUAUAAUAUAGCUGUUGCUAUAUUUGCAUAUAUAGCACCUUUAAUAGCUAUUUUUUAUUCUUAUUUUCGUAUUUUAUAUGUUUUACAAAGACGUUGCGAUCGACGAACAUUUCGAUUCGGCAAAUGCCAUGGUAUAAGUGCACGUAGUUGUGAUGUUAGCCAAACUUCGUCAUUAAAACGAAAUACUAGAAAAAGUUUCAAUCAUGAACGAGGACGAGGAGGAACUGAACGAAUUUCUGAACAAGCUGCUGUUCAAGAAGAACUCAAUACACAUAAUAUGAAAACAAUAACAAGGGCAAAAUUAAAAACAUUAAAAUUAACCGUUAUAAUCGUCAUUUGUUUUAUUCUUUGUUGGACACCUUACUAUUGUAUUGUCUUUUUUCUUCUUAUAACUGAUGCUCGUAUUGAUUAUGAUAAUUUAACGAAUCAACAUGGAAAUUUUACUCUAACCACACCUAUGGAUGUGCCUGCUUAUGAUCAAUCAUCGCGCGAUGAACGUUCCCUUCUAAUUGUGAUGAUGCUUGCUGUAUCAAACUCUGUUUUAGAUCCAUUAUUAUACGGUUGUUAUUUGGUACGACCCACGAAAUUGAAUUGUUUAAGUCGACGAAGAACUCGAACUGAAACAACAAUAUUAAAACGAACUCCUGGUGCGAUCAUUGCUGAUAAAGAAUCUAAACUAGCAACAAUACGAACAAAUCUUAAAAAUGAUAAUCAUGAGCAACAUGAUGUAGCUGUUGAAUGUCAACUUUAG